AUGCUGUCUCAAGCUUGCUAUGCUUUUGCAGCUCUCGCAGGCUUGGCCAACAUUGCCGCCAUUGCCAAAUUCUCCAUCGACCUAAAGAAGCAGUGCGAGGAUUAUGAAGCUCGAUAUCAAUCAACUGAAGUGAUUGAUACAGCUAUUCUUCUCAGACCAGCGGCACUACCAUCGAUCUCCACGGAUAGCGACCACGAAGAACAGGUCAUUCAGGUCACUGAAAGCCAAUCAGAAAUAUGUGAUGAACACGUCUUGAGAAUCGCAAACAGGAUCCCUGGGGCCUUCCUGGUCUUACCAGCUGUUGCGGAGGAAGUCGUACCAGGCGAUCAAUAUGCACAGGCUACGCCUUCGAACGAAGCGACUACACCUCACACCGCGCUUUCGGAAUACUCGGAGCAUGCUCUCGAUUUCCCUGAACACUUAGUGUUCAGGAGCUCACCUAGAAUUCCUCAAGAGUCCUUCAUCACAAACGCUUCACCAAGAGAUACUGUGGGGCAACACAGAGAAGUUGAGCAACCAUCGUUACUGCCCGAUCCUUCACCUUCACGUUAUUCUGAGCUGGACCCUUGA